AUGAACUUCAACAACAUUGCCUCACCCUUUGCAGACCAUUACAUGGACACUUCCGGUUCACCCAGCUCCUCUCUCAGCUCGCCAUUUGAAUCACCAGGAGGUUCACCCACUGCAGGCUGCUUCAAGCCCUAUAUGCAGCAAUCACACCAGGCGUCUUUACAAUUACCAACAGCCACUCAACAAGGUGGUGGCAUGCAACCCAAUCGACCUCCUUCACCAUCUGCCUCCAGUGGAAAUAGCACUUUUGUGUAUAAACUCUUCCAGAUUUUGGCUGAAGAAGACGAGCAACUCAUCAAAUGGGGACAAAAUGGAACGACGUUUAUCGCAAGAGACAGCCAAGAUCUUCGUGAAAAAGUAUUUUCAAAGUACUUUAAACACAAAAGUUUUGAGAGCUUUGUGAGACAACUCAACAUGUACGGAUUUCACAAGGUGAACAAACAAUCGCGUGGACAGCGAGGAGCUGAGAACCAGAUCUAUGAAUUCAAGCAUCCCAAUUUUCAAAGGCAUCGUGCUGACUUGCUCGAUGAGAUUCGGAGGAAGCCAAACGAUCAUGCUGAUAGCCGUCGUGAUGCAAACGCCAAUCAUGGAAAUAGCGCAGCCACCGAUCCUUACGUGUCGCAAAUGAUUAGACAGCUGCAGCAACAAGUGGAUCAUGUCCAACAACAGCUUACCCAUGUGCAACAAGAACUCAAAAGCACCCGGAGGCGGGAGCAUGCUCAGGAACAGAUCAUCAAGAGCAUAACAAACUACCUUCGACAGCAACAUGGUGCACAAUUGCAAUUACCCGCCGAAUUAGAUUUUGAUCCAGAGUGUCCUCCUCCUAUUGUUAUUUCAUCGCAUGACGUUGACGCUUCUGCACCACAUAUGAACCUGGAUCCAACACCGUCAUCACGUCGAGCAGCUCGUCUCACCGUACAAACCGAUAAUUUGGGUCAUAUCGCACAAGGAUCACCUCUUUCAUCACCAUCAUCCUCCGUACAUCAAUCACCCGUAUCACCCAUGAAUGAAUACCAUACCGCCAUCAACACUCCAUUACCGCCCAGUCCAAGCCCAGGUCCUUUUACAGAUGAUGAAGGUGCAAGUGUUGGUAGUUAUCAGAGCCCUAAUGCUUCACCAAUGGGCGAUCCUUUUGCAAUGUUUACCUCCCAGCAACAGCAACAGCAGCAACAGCAGCAAUUCAUUUAUAAUUCAUGGCAAGAUCAGCAGCAACAAAACAUCCAGAUGAUGGAUCCUCAAAUGAUGGCCAUGAUGCAACAACAGCAACAACAGCAAUUACAACAUCAUUUCACAGGCACAAACAUGUAG